UGGGCUGAGGGGGAGGAGCCCGGGGAGGGGCCGGGAUUGGGGGGCAGGGCGAGAGGAUUCUUAGCGAGAGGCUAAGGGGGCGGAGCUCGGCAGGAGUGCCCUUGUGGGGUCCGAAGAGGCCUGGGCCUAGAGGGUGAGAGGUUUGGAGCACAGUCCAGCGGGAAGGACGGGGGGUGGUGGAGUAUUUCCUAGGGACCAGGCCUCGGGGCCAAGACGACGCUAGAGAAGCCGUCCAGGCUCUCCGGAGCUGACAGCCUAAGGGGGGACCCCACGUUCCCAUCUAGGGACGCCCCUAAGGCCCAAAGACAACAGCCGGUCACCUGAGGAGUAGAAGAACGGCCCGGGCGUGGCCAGAGCCGGGGUGUGUGUGUGCAAGUGCAUCAGGCUGCAGUCAGGUGCUGCUCAAGCCCCGGACCACGGAGGAGGUCUCGCGGAUACUCCGGUAAGCUGAGGAAGCGGGCGGCCGGGCCCAGCCCUGGGGAUCCCCGCAGGGAAAGGAGUCGAGGGGCCCACCGCCCAAUGGGGAGCCCUAGGGGUGACGGGAGAAGGGGCCCGAGCACCCCAGCCAGGCGGCGGGGAAGGAGCUGUCUCUGCCCAGACGCCUCGAUGGGAGCCUGGGGUGUGCCUGCUCUCAGCCACUAAUCCAGGGGGCGCCAGGUGGGCGAGGGUGGGCUUUCCCAAAGGAGAGCUUUCUGGGGCACGGUGGAAAGUCCCUGAGCAACGCGGCCAGUUGGGAAAUGCCCCUGGCCGCAGUGCUCCCCUCUGCCCUUGUUUGUGGAAGUGUGUUUGUGUGAGUAGGUGGGCGAAUGUGUUUGUGUGUGUGUGAGUUUGUAUGUACAAGUGUGAAUGUGUGUGAGUGUACGAGUGUAUGUCUGAGUGUGAGUGUGUGAACGUGUGUGUGAGUGUACGAGUGUGUGUCUGAGUGUGAGUGUGUGAAUGUGUCUGAGUGUACGAGUGUGUGAAUGUGUGUGUGAGUGUACGAGUGUGCGUCUGAGUGUGAGUGUGUGAAUGUGUGUGUGAGUGUACGAGUGUGCGUCUGAGUGUGAGUGUGUGAAUGUGUGUGUGAGUGUACGAGUGUGUGUCUGAGUAUGAGUGUGUGAAUGUGUGUGUGAGUGUACGAGUGUGCGUCUGAGUGUGAGUGUGUGAACGUGUGUGUGAGUGUACGAGUGUGUGUCUCAGUGUGAGUGUGUAAAUGUGUGUGUGUGUAGGCGGGCCUGGGGGGGGGGAUGAAUAUUUCACGUGCUCUCAUAUACUGUGUUUGGGAUGUCGAUAGACUAUUGCUACUCAUUUGUAUUCUCUGUUACUGGGAAUGACUCUGGGUGAGGGAGGGAGGAGGGCCCACCUGGCUGUUCCUGGCUGCACUUGGCCAUCCUCGGCUAUUCCUGGCCGUACUUGGCCAUCCUCGGCCAUUCCUGGCUGCACUUGGCCAUCCUCGGCCGUUCCUGGCUGCACUUGGCCAUCCUUGGCUGUUUCUGGCUGCACUUGGCCAUCCUCCACCGUUCCUGGCUGCACUUGGCUAUCCCUGGCCGUUUCUGGCUGCACUUGGCCAUCCCUGGCUGCACUUGGCCAUCCUCGGCUGCACUUGGCCAUCCUUGGCCGUUUCUGGCCGCACUUGGCCAUCCUCGGCUGCACUUGGCCAUCCCUGGCCAUUUCUGGCCGCACUUGGCCAUCCUCGACCGUUCCUGGCUGCACUUGGCUAUCCCUGGCUGUUUCUGGCUGCACUUGGCCGUUUCUGGCCGCACUUGGCCAUCCUUGGCCGUUCCUGGCCGCACUUGGCCAUCCCUGGCCGCACUUGGCCAUCCUCGGCUGCACUUGGCCAUCUUUGGCCAUUCCUGGCCGCACUUGGCCAUCCCUGGCCGUUCCUGGCCGCACAUGGCCGUUCCUGGCCGCACUUGGCCAUCCUCGGCUGCACUUGGCCAUUCCUGGCCGUUCCUGGCCGCACUUGGCCAUCCUCGGCCGUUCCUGGCCGCACAUGGCUGUUCCUGGCCGCACUUGGCCAUCCUCGGCCAUUCCUGGCCGCACUUGGCCAUCCUUGGCCGUUCCUGGCUGCACAUGGCCGUUCCUGGCCGCACUUGGCCAUCCUCGGCUGCACUUGGCCAUUCCUGGCCGUUCCUGGCCGCACUUGGGUCAUCCUCGGCCGUUCCUGGCCGCACUUGGCCAUCCUCGGCCAUUCCUGGCCGCACUUGGCCAUCCUCGGCCGUUCCUGGCCGCACUUGGCCAUCCCUGGCCGUUCCUGGCUGCACAUGGCCGUUCCUGGCCGCACUUGGCCAUCCCUGGCCAUUCCUGGCUGCACAUGGCCGUUCCUGGCCGCACUUGGCCAUCCUCGGCUGCACUUGGCCAUUCCUGGCCGUUCCUGGCCGCACUUGGGCCAUCCUCGGCCGUUCUUGGCUGCACUUGGCCAUCCUCGGCUGUUCCUGGCCGCACAUGGCUGUUCCUGGCCGCACUUGGCCAUCCCUGGCCGUUCCUGGCCACACUUGGCCAUCCCUGGCCGUUCCUGGCCGCACUUGGCCAUCCCUGGCCGUUCCUGGCCGCACUUGGCCAUCCUCGGCCAUUCCUGGCCGCACUUGGCCAUCCCUGGCCGUUCCUGGCCGCACUUGGCCAUCCCUGGCCGUUCCUGGCCGCACUUGGCCAUCCUCGGCCGUUCCUGGCCGCACUUGGCCAUCCCUGGCCGUUCCUGGCUGCACAUGGCCGUUCCUGGCCGCACUUGGCCAUCCCUGGCCAUUCCUGGCUGCACAUGGCCGUUCCUGGCCGCACUUGGCCAUCCUCGGCUGCACUUGGCCAUUCCUGGCCGUUCCUGGCCGCACUUGGGCCAUCCUCGGCCGUUCUUGGCUGCACUUGGCCAUCCUCGGCUGUUCCUGGCCGCACAUGGCUGUUCCUGGCCGCACUUGGCCAUCCCUGGCCGUUCCUGGCCACACUUGGCCAUCCCUGGCCGUUCCUGGCCGCACUUGGCCAUCCCUGGCCGUUCCUGGCCGCACUUGGCCAUCCUCGGCCAUUCCUGGCCGCACUUGGCCAUCCCUGGCCGUUCCUGGCCGCACUUGGCCAUCUCUGGCCGUUCCUGGCCACACAUGGCUGUUCCUGGCUGCACUUGGCCGCCCCUGGGGACGGUGGCAUGAGAAGAGCCGACCGAAGCCCCCGGCCCCCCGGCCUCCUCUCGCCCUCUCUGCCCGCCGUCUGCAGGGGCCUGCGGGGAGUGAUUUGCUCAGGGUCAGGGCUGAGCGGUGAUGGCAGAACAGAACUAAGAGGGGGCCCAGAGCAGGCGGGGACAGACGGGAAGGGCUGACGCCUCUCGAGGAGACCCUCGCCUUCUCUCCGAGAAGCUCCCAGGUAGAAGCGCAGCCCGGCCUGGGCGCCUGCGGUCAGAGGACUUGCCCAGGGUCACACGGCUAGAAGGUACUGCAGGCCACGUCCGCCUACUGCGAGGCCCGCCGCAGUGGUGGCCGCGUCUGCACACGUGCGGAUGCCGUGUGUACCGUGAGCGCCGCCGCCUCCCUCCAGCAGAGACGCGUCGCUGGGAGAAGCAGUUAGGCGCCGCGAGGCGCUCGGUGGACAGGCCGGCCUGGGCUCAGCCGUGCCCUUGGAGCUUCCUCGCCGGCUGGCCCUGGACAAGCCCUGAGCGGGCCGAGGACUGACUGGAUGCCGGCGAUCCGGCGAGCGGGGCUGCGAGGGGGACGAAGGACUCGUCUGGGAUAAGCCCGUUGGGGCGCCCCCACUCUGCGAGGCAGCGCGAGCACGAGGCCGUUUUCUGCGCCAUCUUGGCGGGCUCUGCGUUCCUCCAUUCAGACCUGGAAGAUGCCCCAGCAGAGAGCUGAUGGAGACGCCUCUCGAGGGAUCCUCGGCGAAGCCUCAUUCCUUGGCUGACUUUCCCCGGCUGGACUGAGCUCAAAGUCAAGAGGACUUGAGUUCAAGUUCUGGCUCUGACCAUCCCCCUCCCUCCCAGCCUUUCCUCGUGUUGUUUCUCGUCCCUGGCCGAGUCCUUGGCCCGCGUGUCCCCCUCACACUGUGCUGCUUUGGCUUCUCUCGGGGUCCUCCGCUCUGGGCGCGGUGCCUGCCCCCCCCCCCCCCCCAGCGGGCCGGGCGGCUCGCUGAGGCGCGACAUCCGGGGCCACGCAGAGGGCGGGGCCUGGCGGCCGACUCCGAGUUCUCUG